AUGGAUAUCGAUUUAAGCAGGAGGAAUAAAAAGCCCCGCCUUCUGUUGGAAUCCGAAAGAGAGCGGCUCGAGGAAUUCAUUGACUCCAUACACUACUCAGCGAGGUACGAGCAUCUGACCCACGUACACAAGGGCCGAAUUGACAGGCACAGGUAUUCUGACGACCAGUUUGAGUACCGACAUGUUCAGCUCCCCAAAAACAUGCUGAAGAAGAUUCCCGCCGACUAUUUCGAUAGCUCAAAAGGAACGCUGAAAUUGCUAUGGGAGGAAGAAUGGAGGGCACUCGGUAUCACUCAGGUACUACGAAGUGCACCGCGAAACUCGCGUUCUGCCUCACUGCGGCUAAUCCUAUUUGUCUAG